AUGAGUCCAUCUCUUCUAAACAAGUCCAUCGCUUCCAUGUUGCUGGUCUUGGUGUUUUGUGCAGCCCAAGGCCAAUCCGGAAUCUUGGAUGAUGCCUUCACGGUUGCUUUCGAUAAGGUGUUUUCUGAAACUCGAGGCCUGUUCGCGGCCUUGAAGGAUGACUCCUCCAUUGCUGAAAAGUUUGAGCAAUGGAUGGCCAAACACGGUCGCUCUUACAACAGCAUUACUGAGAGGGUGAACCGAUUCUACAUAUUCAAGGACAACUAUGAGUACAUUGAAAACUUCAACAAGGCUAAGAACAAGACUUUCAAGUUAGGCAUCAAUGCAUUUUCAGAUUUAACUAAUGAUGAGUUUUUGGCCAUGUAUGCCGGCAGUAAUUUGAACAUCCCAGCUAUCUCUAGCCCAUUGAAUACAACCUCUAGGUACCAAAACCGGCGAAGCCUUGCCGAUGUUCCAUCAAGCAUAAAUUGGGUAGAAAAAGGAGCUGUGACCCCCAUAAAGAACCAAGGUUCAUGUGGAUCUUGUUGGACAUUUUCGGUAAUUGCAGCCACAGAAGGGAUUGUACAGAUCAAAACUGGGGAAUUGUUGACUCUAUCAGAGCAACAAAUAUUGGAUUGUAACUUUGAGUAUUACGGCUGCCAUGGUGGUUCGAUUAUUGCAGCAUAUGAUUACAUUGUACGAAACAAAGGCAUCGCAAAUGGUACAACGUACCCAUACGAGGGAAAAAAAUUAACUUGUAACACUGCCUUGGCCUCGGAAAUUACUGCCCAAAUUAGUAAUUUUGAAAUAUUGCAUGCUAACGACGAGGGAGCAUUACUAGAGGCUGUAGCUCAACAACCUGUCUCAGUUGUCAUUGAUACUAGAGGAAGAACCUUUCAACACUACCAUAGCGGGGUUUACACUGCACCUUGUGGCACUUUACCGAACCAUGCUAUUACCGCAGUUGGGUAUGGUACUAGUGAGGAUGGCAUUAAGUACUGGCUGCUAAAAAAUUCGUGGGCCACGACUUGGGGUGAAGACGGGUACAUGAGGAUUAAGAGAGACGAUUCAAAUUCUUACGGUCAUUGCGGCAUUGCCAUGCAUUCUAUCUACCCUGUUUUCUAAGAAACAAGAUCAAACAGAAGAUGAAUAGGUAGCUCCUUGAGCUUGCUUUCCUACCAUCUGAAGUACUAGUCAAGCAGUUGAAUAAGUAGCUCAUUGAGCUUCCUACCUACAAUAAGCUUGUUAUGUAUUUUUGGCUGUGAAAAUGCCAGAAUUAUGUUGUUGCUUGUAUCAUAA